GCGGCAAAUUUGUUUGCGUUAUUGAAGUCUGUCUUGAAAACGAAGAAAAAUUGUUGGUUUAAAAUGUGACAUUGUGGAAUGCUUCACACAACUGGAUAUAAUAUUUAGCUGACAAAGUAAAAUAAAGUCAUGUCUUGCAUGCAAGCACAACAACCAAGGCCUUCGUCUUCAUAUUUUCCAAAUAAACAAGAAACUGAGAAGACCUCAAAACAUAACACAAGAGAAUCAAAUGAUGCAGCUGUGGUGCAGCCUUUUCACUUCCCUCCAACAAAACAAGUUUGGUGGGACAGAAAAGCUCAAGGGAGCCCUGAAAUACUUCAUCUUACAUCUAAAAGGAAUUUAAGAGUACAAUUAAAUGAAAAGACACUGAGACUUGGAAUAAAACAUCUCAACAAGUCAUCUAUCCCUUCAUACGACUGCUUUUUCAUCGGCUCUUUAUUCAUUGAUUCAAGAGAAGAUGCAGUAGAAAUAAAUAUUGAUAGAUUUGAUCCAGGACGAGAAUUUACAGAUAAAGGUGGAUUCAAAACAAAAGUACCAACUACAGUGGUACCAGGUGACCAGGUCAUACCACUUAAACUUGUAAAGGGACUGAUGGGAGCUCAACAAACAGCAACACACUCAAAGCAAGAUUUCCAAAAAACAUUCGAACUACUACACAGUAGGUUCUCAGGACAAGAACAAUUAAGCUUGUCUAACUUUAUCAGUACUAAGGCAUGUUGCUAUGCUCACACAGAAGCUGAGGAACUGAUACUAAAUAUACAAGUUGGUGCUGUUACCAUGGCAACAAGUAUCUUAGCAACGCCUGUCAGUCCUGUUCCUAUUAUUCCCACAGCACUAGCUAGGAAUUUAACAGGUCCUUUAAGGCUGAGUGAUGUCCAAGGAGUUCCUAAAUGYGGGUUUCUUACCAUGGAUCAUACAAGGAAGCUCUUAUUGUUGCUUGAAUCAGAUCCCAAGGCUUACUCACUACCUUUGGUAGGAGUGUAA